CAGGACUACUGGCUAUCGGUGUGAAGAAGUCGACGCGACUUAACGCUGUAUUCACUGUUAUGAAUGUUUUAGGAGUCAUAUAUGCCAUCAUUUGCGGAUCAUUCAAAGUGGAUAUACAUAACUGGGAAAUACCGAAAAGUGAAGUGCCAGAAGGGAAAGAACAUUCAAAUGGAUCCGGAGGUUAUACUAUUCGGGCUUAUGGCGGGCGCCGCCACCUGUUUCUAUGGUUUCAUAGGGUUUGAUAUGAUCGCCACCACCGGCGAAGAAGUGAAGAACCCGGCAAAAGCCAUACCAUUGAGUAUUAUAUACUCAUUACUCGUCAUAUUUGUCUGCUAUUGCGGAGUGUCUGCCAUCCAGACCCUCAUGUGGCCCUACUAUGACCAGAAC